CUUGAUUUCUCAUUAAAUUUUGAUAUUUUUGCAACUUGACAGUAUUUUUUUUUAUUUACGCUGCCCACAUCAAUGAGAUCGUUAAGAUAUUUACAUAUUAUAUAACAUAAAUAAACCAACUCACAGGUAUCAAUAAUUUCAGCAUACAUAUAUAUGAUUACCAUAUUAAGUGGCGCGUGUUUUAAGUCUCGAUGCUACGUGAUUUUAUCUGUUGUAUAUAUAGUGGGGUAUCAACCACACUUGACAUUUUGUAAACGCCCUGUUCCACACCAGUGAAUGCCGUGCUAAAUUCAUCUAACAUGUAUUAAAAGGGGUAAGAUAAAUAUUUCCGUCUGGUGUUAUUUUUGUGGAAAUUGUUUCUGUGUAAAUGUUUGAUAAUCGCACUUCCUUGUGACUGUGGUAUACUAAGGUCCAUGACUCCCAUCAGUGUAUAGAUCGUACCCGACAUUCCUGUAUGCUGGUGGUGCUUUCUCGCCUAUCUUCACUCUAAAUCACAGCCGAACCCCCUCCUCUGCUGAUGUUUACUACGAGAGUCGUGGAUUAACAAUUGAAGAGAGAAUUGCCUCACACGGUUCCACGCUGGUGUUUGAUAUCUACAGACAAGUUGUUCACAGGAAUCAAUAAUCCGGCCCUGUGUGCUGAGUAUUAAACAGAUAGAGUGGCAGCUUCGGUGACGCUGUGUCUAACUGAAGGAGGACUGGAGUUAGGCCACUUCCGGCUCGACACACCCCUCCUCUCCCAGGUGUGGCACAGGUGUGGUUGUUUUAGUGUAGGCGGUGUGCACACACCUGAUAAUAAUGACGGGCGAUCAUGUUUGACCUGUGAUAAGCUAGAUACAGAUUGUGUGAUGAUCACUUACCUACACAAACUAUAGCAGUACUAGAGCACUGAGGGUGUUUACCGGUAGCACUACCGUGGGUAAACCAUACACUGGUAACCGUAUACGAUUUGGAUUACGAGUAAUUUGAUAUUAAUUCUACUACAAUAAUAGUAGUUUUCAUAUCAAAGGAAACUCCACAGUAUACAUAAGACAUGGAUAUUGUAAGCUGCUGCGCAAAUGAAUAACGCAAGCUCAGAAACGUCUACUACGGCAGGACUAGCAGAUAAUGGCGACGGAAGCGGUAGUGAUGGUGGCAGUGGGCUAGCCGUGGGGCUUUCUAUCGGAGGAGUGCUUAUAGCGGCAAUUCUGGUAUUCAUUGUAGCAUACCGCUUCUUCAGUCGCCGCAAGGACUCUGAUUCAGACAGUCAUAGUGACAACAACAAUCUACAGAGGGUUUCUAUGAAUAGCGAGAAUUUUUCACACGUAACCAACCUGAAGAAACUGGAACCUAUGGAAAUUAAGACUGGCAAAGCAUUACCAAAACGCACAAAACCGACAUUGGAUGAGAAACGUGGGGCUGGAAAGGCCGACGAUUUAUCUGACGUUGAUCUGUCCCUGUUUUCGGGAGAUGGUCAGCUCAACCCUGCCUUUGUGGACGAUGAGGAGUUAGAUCAUUCUCACCAUGGCAACGUUAAGAAAUCAGCCACAGUCAAAGACGGAAAUGUGGUCGUAUUAAGGCUAGAGGGAAUUGUCAAAUUCGACGUGUCGCAAAUGGUCGGAAUAGAUAAGAACAUAGCCUUGUCCCUGGAGGAUCGGAACAGUGGUGAGGUACAAAAGAUCGUGGCGAGCAAUGGGGACGUAAAGACGUACCAACUCUUAGAUAAAGACACGGCGGAGGGAACUAGCAAACCGAAACAGGAUGUUGUCGGGUACAAAGCUAAACCAAUACAUUUCUCAGAAAAUGUUACUGAUCCCGAAAGAAAAGUAGAUUAUCAGACAGUUGAUAGUACCAAUAGCAAAAUGUCUUCGUCAAAUGUGGCUCAACAUCGUAGUGACGUGGCAGAGGAUAUUCGUCCGGGAACUAGUAAGGCGAAACUCCCAACGAUUAUAACGACCCGUGUUGACGAGGAGGAUGCCAUCCAGGUGAUAACGGAGGACACAUCGUCUUGCUCAAACGAGAGGAAUGCACCGACAGACAAGUCUACAUCAGUAGCGGUUGUGAUAGAGGACAGCAAAGUGUCUGAUAACAUUAGUUCUCAUAAAAAUGAAGACAAACAUGUUUCUGUUAAGGAAAAGUCUCCCCAAGAUAGGAACUUCUCUGUUAUAGAAAAGUCUAUUGUUAUUGAAGACGAAGUGCACCGAAGAAAAUAUGGCGGGCGUGGAAAGGAAAUUACAACGAUAUACAUAGGCGAUACACCCGCGCCAUCCGUCACAGACUGGGGCGAUAAACCCGCGUCAUCCGUCACAGACAGGGGCGAUAGACCUGCGCCAUCCGUCACAGACAGGGGAAAAAGUCGUCACGCUAAAAUUGUUUUCAAAUCAAAUCCAAAACCGGAAAAUUCAUCUGGAAAAAGCGAACAUAGGAAACGUCAGUUAGAAAGUGAGCCUUCGUUAAAAGGAAAAGACAUGAACGUACCUGUCAAAGCACAGUACGGAGGAAUUGGACAAGUGAAAAAGUCACGAAAUAUUUCCUCUGAUAACCUGACAGAACACUUUAGUCAAUCCUACCCAGAUAGACCGUCACAAAACAAUGUCGUACACAAAGGAAAAACAAAACCCACAAAACCAGUCCUCACGCGCCAGAUGAGUACAUAUGAGAUACCAUGGGACCUGACGGACGUGGGGGCUCUGUUGCUGCAAGUUAACAGUAUUGCAGAGUCCGACGAAAUGCGCGUCGAUAAGGUUUCUUAGGGAUUAGCGAGAUCUGGGUAUUUACAUGGUAUUAUUACAUUAUGUAAGUGUGAACGAAGUGGCAGAUGUGUGAAUUGUAAGAGGAGUCUCACUUCACGGCGUACACUGGUUUAGCAUGUAGCGUUACUCAAAUAUUUUUUAAGCAAUCAAAUUGUUUUCACGGGUCAAGCUAUAUAUUUAGCAUAAAAUGUGAUAUUCAAAUGACUGGUUUUCUUUUUUAAUUCUACAUUAAUUUGGCAGCGCAUCAUAAAUAGCAUACAUCAAUAAC